GUCUAUCUGUGGCUACCGUGGAGCUUGGUCAGAUAACCGCGCAAUUUAAUCUAACUCGCAGAUGGAUACGGCACAUGGACAACGACUUCGGCUGAUUGUCAUAUCAAAAGUCAAAAUGAUGGAUCUGUUCAAAUACCUGCCAAUCUCCUGUAUUUCUAUUUUGUCCUUUAAAGAAAGAACAUAUCGCUCGGUGUCUACCACACACAGUUUGGACCCUGCCGGAAGUCACCGACGCCUUCUACUUUUACUUCACAAUGUUUACUACCUUGGUUAAACAAUCUCUUAUUGUCGCUGGUCCCCGUCAGCUUCCCGCCAUUGAGCAAAUGCGGCGAGACGUUGAUGACAUAGUUGGUAGGCUUGUACCUGACAUCUCCAAGCUUAACAGAAAGAUUCAUGACACUCCGGAAACGGCGUGGCAGGAACAUCACGCCCACGAUGUGAUCUGUGAAUUCCUUGAAGCCAACUCGUUCAACACCACUCGGCAUGCGUAUGGUCUUGCCACUGCCCUCGAGUCCCGGACUGUUAGUGGCAAUGGAGGUCGAACAAUAAACUUCAAUGCAGAAUACGACGCCUUGCCGAGUAUUGGACAUGGCUGUGGGCACAACUUAAUCGCUACGGCCAGUAUCGUUGGAUACGUGACACUCAGUCAUUUGGUCAAGAGAUUCAGCAUUGACGCAACACUUCAACUUCUCGGUACACCAGCAGAAGAAUUAGGAGGAGGGAAAGUCGUUCUUCUUGAGAAUGGAGCAUUCAAGGGCGUCGAUGUAUCACUCAUGGCUCAUCCGUGCCCGGUCCCCAACAAUGGAUCAGUUGAAUAUCCUGGCGGAUGCGCUGGUCUCCUCACAAAUUCUCAUAUCGGAGUCUUUGCCACCUACUCGGGCAAAUCUGCUCAUGCGGGCGCUGAACCUUGGGAAGGCGUGAAUGCUCUCGACGCUCUUGUCUCUGCUUACAACAACGUCAGCAUGCUCAGGCAACAAAUGCGCCCAGAUUGUCGUAUCCACGGCGCAGUAAUAGAGGCACCAAAGGCAGCAAAUAUCGUUCCUGAAAGCACCAAAACCUUCUAUUCUGUCCGAGCACCUAAACUCGCAGCAGCCAAAGAACUGGCUGAGAAGGUGGAAGCGUGCCUUAGUGCUGGUGCCCUGGCAACAGGCUGCAGUUGUUCAAUCAAGCGCGAAGCUGCCUACGAAGAUCUGCUUCCCAAUCUUCCUCUCUGUGAAGCCUACACCUCACAUAUGAAAGCGGCUGGGAAGGAUGUUCAGGUCCUGGCUACGGAGGUUGUACGAGCGAGUACGGAUCAGGGGAAUGUGAGUCAUGUGAUGCCAGCUCUGCACCCCAUGUUUGGGAUUCCGUGUGAUGCGGGGAUCAAGAUCCAUAGCAAAGAAUUUGCGGAGGUGGCUGGGACGGAACAAGCAUUCGACAUGGCGGUGAUUGUGGGGAAGGCUUUGGCUAUGACCGGCUGGGACCUUCUAACCCAAGAAGGCAUGUUUGAGAAAGCAAAGGCUGAUUUUGACGGAAUUAGUGUUGAUCUCUCCAUAAAUUAGGAACUUUUUACUGCUUCAUGAUACUGUGUAAAUAUACCGUUAUUGAGCUUCUUUCAGCCUAAUGAUGAUUAUUGGCAA